UAUUAUUUAACUUAUAAUACCAUACUGAUAUAAAAUACUUCGCGUCAUUUGCGCCAGAAAUACCAGAACAGUGUUCGUACAAUAAAUGAAUUUGGUGUUGUACAGAUUUUCCCUCGAGGCGCUCGGCGCAAGCACAAAUAAGGAUUUGUCAAAGAUCAUAUUUCAGUGGCCUGAAGUGACCUGAACCAAGCUUCAUAAUAGCAAUAAGUUAAAGACCGAUCAUGCAGCUGGUUGUUAUACUCAGAGGCGUUCUUUUGCUGUCGAUCUGUUCGCUUGUUUCCAGCGUGAAGAAAAUGCCCAAGCCUUCGCGUUCUCUCCAUCCUUUUCUUUAUUUCAACGAAGGGGAUAUUCCACGAAUGAGACGACAGGCUAAUACCACACACAGAACAAUGGCAGCGAGAAUCGUCAAGGUUGUCAACCACAUCAAGCAGUUUCCCAAGGGGAAUCUACCUCCAGCUGACUGGAAUGAAUUUUCUUCCAAAUGGAACGAAAUUUACGGCAACAAUCUUUGCGCUCUGGCGAUAUAUUGUGUUUUAUACGAGGACGACAAAGAAGCUAGGAACAUGGUUUUUCGAUCAAUGGAUAUCUUGUCUGCGCUUCCUAAUUGGAGGGUAAAGGCCAGCUUGCGUGACGAUGUCCCUGUUGCACACUCCCUUACAGGAAUGGCAACUGCCUACGACUUUCUUUACCAAUACAUGACCAAAGAACAGAGGAUUAGAUACAUGGAAAAAAUCGUUAACGUAACUGCAGAGCUGUAUGUGAAAUCGUUAGAUCGGAGCGUAUGGUGGGGAAAGUGUUACAUUCAGAAUCAUGUCGCUACUAAUUACAUGGCCAUAUUAACUGGAUCCCUCGUGGCUUCAAAACAAGUGAGAUACUCCAAACUUGCCACUAAGUGGAAACUAAGAGCCAACCAAAUGCUAGCCAGGAAUAUGGACAUUCUGAAUUACGUAGUAGAUGGUUCAAUGAACGAGGGAGUGUCGUACGGUUCGUACACGACUCGUUCGCUCACGCAAUACCUUUGCUUUGCUGUACGACACUUAAAAAUGACGUUCCCUAAGCAUAUUUGGCUGCAGGAACAUUUCUGGUUUAUGUAUUACACUAUUCUCCCUGGYUUUAGAGAAACAAUAGGAAUCGGAGAUUCUGGGCUGGGUUGGUAUUACGGCCCUCAAAGUCAGUUAUACUUUCUUGAUAGAUUCAUAUUAAAAAAUGGUUACGCGAAUUGGCUUGCGUCGAAAAUACAGGAAUCUGGAUUUGUGAGCUCAAUGUCAGGUCUUACAUCCACUGUGCAUACUGAGUUUAUCUUCUAUGACCCAAGAAUCUUACCAAAAGCACCACCCUAUUUCACCAAGGAACAUAUGCAUGUCUUUAAUGACUGGGGUGUGGCUGUGUAUCGCAGUGGAAUGUCUACUUACCCUCGACCUGGUGUCGAGUCCACUAGCGAAGAGGCUGUGUAUCUGUCAUUCAAGUGCGGUGUUUUACAUGGCCGGGCUGUCAAUCAAAUGGUGUUAGCCAGACCUCCAGUUCCUUGGAUUAAAAGCUGGCGAAACUUUAAUCCAGGGCACGAGCAUUUAGACCAGGGUUCCUUCGUGUUCGCGCCAUAUGGAAUACCUUUUAUAACGGAGACUUACUAUGGGCCUAAAUAUACAUGGCUCAACAAUGCUUUACUUUUUGGUCCCUCUUUCGCAUCGCCCUGCUCUAAGCCCCUUGAGGGACAGAUAGGGGAGUGUUUGAAGUGGUUCGAUUAUAGGUCCAUUGUACCCUGGAGAGCGCGCGGUAAGAUUGUCACGUCUUCAAGCGAGAAGGGACUGGUUCUAAUGUGUGGUGAAAUGGCGUCGUGGUAUCGAGGCAGCCUGGGACUAGCUAGCGUGUAUCGAUGUCUGGUCUUGUUGUCGCCUGGUGUUCUCCUUGUUGUAGAUCACGUGGAGAGAAAGAAAGAAAGCACGACCAAUCACAUGAGCGCGUUCUUUCAUAAUGUUAAACAUGAGUUCCACCUUGAGGAAUGCUGGGAUAGCCAUCAAUACUCUUGCGCGGGAAUGAACAUCGGUAAUAAGACUUUCAGAACAAUCUGGGUGAACUCGCACGGAACUAGGAGCGCUGCGCUUGUUGGACACUACGAUUACUCUCAGUUUAAAAACGGGAAGACAAAUUUUGUUAACAUCACGACACCGCUUCAUGACAAGUACACUCGCAUGGCAUACCUGUUUGCAGGGCCUAGGAACGACAUUAAGUUACUGCGCAUUUCUAGUGCGCAGGAUCAUGGCGUGCACAUUUCUACAGUAAUCAAUGACGUAAGGUAUACGGUUGCCUUGGUUACCAAACACGCCCUUACAACUGUUCGUUUUGAUUGGUUGGGUUUUGGCGGGUUUGCUAAAGUCAAUAUUGAAAAGACAGGUCAAAGUGGUUCAGGGAUGAAAGCGAAAACCAUCCGAUUCGUGGUUGGCGCAGCUAACGAAACUAACAAGGCGUUCAUCAGACGCAAGGGCCAUCAACACGAAGCCCCAGAACACGGCCAUUCUAUACUACUUCUGUUGGUGCCUACAUUGUCUUUUUUGUCUCUUCUCUUUUGCUACUUAAAAGUUGUCAGAAAACUAACAUCUCGUUUUUAUUUCAAGAUUGUUAUUGUGUUCCUUCUCGUAGCGUAUGUUUUGAUCGCAAUUGUCGAGUUUUUACAUGGUUGUACUGGUCUGAGUAGCUGCUUAUGGAACCUUACUCCAUCAAAGAUUGUACUAAAUAACGGAUACCGAAAUGGUUAUCUUACAGUUGACAAGCAAAGUCCUCCAUUCGUAGUCUACACGUCUUUACCCUGGGCUGGUGGGGAGAUUUUGGGCGAACUUUUCAAAAGCAACGACGACUUUUUUCAUCUUGAGAUGAACAACCAAGAUUUUGGUCAAUCAUUUGGAGUGAAAAACGAGACGAAAACUCGACGCGUACAUUCUUCAACCGAGAAUCUAGAUCCUUGUAGCAUGUUCCAAAUACGCCAAGAAGACCACGAAUCCAUCAACGUUUCCAAUUGGUUUCGUCGUUACCAUAGAGAUCCUAAGUCCCUCAAUCCAAAUUUCCCUCAAAGAGCACAGACGUCUCUUCCAGCUGUACACAUGAAAGAUCCAGGAUGGGGACUGCGCUUUCAUUGGUUGCGCAGAGUUUUAGGGUACCGGAUGAAGGCUAUCAUCGUUGUUCGUGAUCCGAGAAGCUGGGUUAAUACUUGGUUAAACGAACUGAGAAUCAAUCCUAUUUUACUUACGAAUACUAAAAACUUCGUAAUGAAACUAGCAAAGGCGCGUUGUGCGAAUCAAGAUGGCAAUGGCUAUGCCUCUGAGCUUGGAGCUAUCCAAGAACUAUUUUUAUCAGAACAUGAAGAACAACGAGAUAUGUUAGGAAUCAAGCUAUUGGCUCAUUUAUGGGCCGCUCAUACAAAUGCUGUCUUGCGCAUGGCCAAAACUGUACCAAAAAUCUACAUACGGGUUAUUCGGCUUGAGGACCUCGUACUGAGACCCAAGAAAACUACCCAAAGAGUGUUUCAGUUUCUUUCUCUCCCGCCUUCACCCUCCAUGGAGAACCAGUUUCAGCAAAUAACGCGGACUGGACAGUUCAAAUUCAGCACUACACACGAAAAUGUUGGUCCGGGAAUGUUAAAUUCGUGGAAAAAGAGUUUAAAAUCGAACGAAAUCCGAGAAAUAGAAAGCAUAUGUUCUUUGGUCAUGUCGCAGUUACGAUAUAAACAGAAGUGAAAUCGUGUACAGUCUAAAUAUAUCAUACCAAAAUUCCUCAAUAACAUUGCAGGGCCAUAGCGAGGUCCAAUUGUUUACCGAGGCAAACGAGCUGCGAAGGCAGGAGCAAUGAGAGGGGUUCAAUGCGCGCGGAACAACGAAACAAGAUCGAUCUAACUGACCCCUCAGUUGUCUCGCAGGUGUCGCCAUCACUGGUUUCCAUAUCAUGACUUUAAACCUUCGCACUCCAAAAAGGUGAAAUCAUGGAAACUUUUAGAUUAGAGUACUGGAUAUAAUGAUAGGAUUUGAAUAUUAAUUUUGUUAUGCAUCUUUAAUAUAUUCUAGAGAAAAUGAGAUAGUUCAUUUCAAUAUCUUGAAAUAAUAAUGUCAAAAAAAUCCAGUUGAUUUAAUAGUAAUGAGAAAUUGCUAGAAAUUUAGU